AAUUGAAGGCUUUGCAUUGCAAUAUGAGAGUCCGAUGAGAUGGACAGAAAAGGAAGAGGAAGAAUCUGAUCGAUGCCAUAACCAUUGGACUUUCGCCAGCCGUCGGAUCUCUCUCUACUGUUCCCGGUGAUAAUAUAUAUAUAUACACACUUCGCUCCACCGCUUUUUCUCACACUACAUUACCGCCUGACGUUUGUUGGUAGAGAGAGAACCACCGAUACCCACCAAAUAGAGAGAGAAGAACUCGGUUGCCGAGCCAUGGCCGGAGCCAGAGACAUCGACGAUCUACCGAAGAACCACGCCAACUACACCGCCUUGACGCCACUGUGGUUUAUUGAGAGAGCCGCCUUGGUUCAUCCUUCCAGAUUAUCGGUCGUCCAUGGAUCUCGCCGCUACAACUGGCGUCAGACCUACCAACGCUGCCGCCGUUUGGCUUCCGCUCUUUCAAACCGCUCCAUCGGCGCCGGAGACACGGUAGCAAUAAUUGCUCCAAAUAUUCCAGCUAUCUAUGAAGCUCAUUUUGGAGUUCCCAUGGCUGGAGCUGUACUGAAUUGUGUUAAUAUUCGUCUAAAUGCUCAAACAAUUUCAUUUCUUCUCGGUCACUCAGCAUCUGCAGUUGUUAUGGUGGAUCAAGAGUUUUUCCCUUUAGCAGAGGAAGCUUUGAACAUACUAGCUGCAAAGGGUGAUGGCCAUUACAAGCCUCCACUUCUAAUUGUAAUUGGCGAUGAAAACUGUGAUCCGGAAGCACUCAAAUAUGCUUUAUCAAAAGGGGCUAUCGAGUACGAGAAAUUCUUGGAAAUAGGCAAUCCUGAGUAUGCUUGGAAACCACCAGAGGAUGAGUGGCAGAGCAUUACUUUAGGCUAUACGUCUGGUACAACUGCAAGUCCUAAAGGGGUGGUUUUAAGCCACAGAGGGGCGUAUGUCAUGUCUUUGAGUGCAGGCCUAGUGUGGGGGAUGAAUGAAGGAGCUAUAUAUCUUUGGACUCUUCCAAUGUUCCAUUGCAAUGGUUGGUGUUACACAUGGGCACUGGCUGCUCUCUGUGGAACAAGUAUAUGCCUCCGGCAGGUCACAGCUAAGGCAGUUUAUUCAGCCAUAGCCAAGCAUAAAGUAACACAUUUUUGUGCUGCUCCUGUGGUUCUUAAUACUAUUGUUAAUGCCCCUAAAGAAGAUACUAUCCUUCCCCUCCCCCAUGUUGUCCAUGUCAUGACAGCAGGAGCUGCUCCACCUCCUUCGGUAUUAUAUGCAAUGUCACAGAAGGGCUUCCGGAUUACUCACACUUAUGGCCUAUCUGAAACUUACGGUCCUUCUACAAUAUGUGCAUGGAAGCCAGAAUGGGACUCAUUGCCUCCAGAAGCCCAAGCACGAAUGAAUGCUCGUCAAGGUGUACGGUACGUUGGAUUGGAGGGUCUAGACGUUGUGAACACUCAAACAAUGCAACCCGUACCGUCUGAUGGAAAAACUGUUGGAGAGAUAGUAAUGCGUGGGAACGCUGUUAUGAAAGGCUACUUAAAGAACCCAAAAGCAAACAAAGAGGCAUUCGCAAAUGGCUGGUUUCACUCUGGUGAUCUUGGUGUAAAACAUCCAGAUGGUUACAUAGAAAUAAAAGACAGGUCAAAGGAUAUCAUCAUUUCUGGAGGUGAAAACAUUAGCAGUGUGGAGAUAGAGAACACUCUCUACCAACACCCGGCGAUACUGGAGGUGUCAGUUGUCGCUAGGGCAGACGAACGGUGGGGAGAAUCUCCUUGUGCUUUUGUGACAUUGAAGUCGAAGAUAGAUAAGGGUGAUGAGCAGCGAAUGGCUGAGGAUAUUAUGAAGUUUUGUAAGUCGAAAAUGCCAGCUUACUGGGUCCCAAAAUCUGUGGUAUUUGGGGAGCUACCGAAAACGGCAACUGGGAAAGUUCAAAAGCAUCUGCUGAGGGCGAAGGCUAAGGAGAUGGGACCUGUUAAGAUGAGCAAGUUGUAAUGAAUAUUGUCCCACUUGAAAUGAGCUUUGCUUCGGUAGGUAAAUUAGUUUGUUCAUUUUACGAACACCAGAAACAAACUUAAUAUAUAUAGAUAAAUAGUUGUCAUUAGAUUACUUUGUUUUAGUACAUUUUAAUAAAGAUAUACUGACAUUUGUCAUUGUCACUUCAAAUUCUUAUAUUCGCAAUAUAUAAUGUUUUUUUC